AUUUCUACAAUUUUGAAAACAACACCUUCUGCUUAUACUACUACGAAAAUAUCCACCACUUCUGAAACUCCAACCACAACUAGUGAGACUACAGCACCUACUCCAUCCAGAACCACGUCUAUAUCCAGUCUGGAGCCUUCUGAGACAACUGCACCCAGCCUAUCCACAAGAACAAAGACACCCACUGAGCAUGUGAAGCAGACUACCUCAGAAGGGACCUCAUCUGAGUACACAGUGAUGUCUAGUUCUUCCACCACUGAACAACCAUCCACAACAGAGGUGUCUUCUCAGAUAACAUUGUCAGUCCCCUCUGGUGAGUUGACUUCCGAAACUACAACCACAACGAGUGAGACUACAGCACCUAUUGCAUCUAAGACCCCUUCUACAUCCAGUCCUGAGCCUUCUGAGACAACUGCACCUACUUUGUCUUCAAGCACAAACACACCCACUGAGCAUGUGGAGCAGACUACACCACAAGGCACCUCAUCUGAGUACACAGUGAUGCCUAGUUCUUCCACCACUGAGGAACCACCCACAACACAGCUGUUUUCUCAGUCAACAUUCGCUACCUCCUCCAUUGAGGUGACCUCUGAAACUCCAACCACAACUAGUGAGACCACAACACCUACUCCCUCCAAGACCCCUUUCACCUCCAGUCCUGAGCCUUCUGAGACAUCUGCACCCAGCCUAUCAUCAAGCUCAAACCCACCCACUGAGCACAUGAAGCAGACUACCUCAGAAGGGACCUCAUCUGAGUACACAGUGAUGUCUAGUUCUUCCACCACUGAACAACCAUCCACACUAGAGAUGUCUUCUCAGAUAACAUUCUCUGCCUCCUCCAUGGAGGUGACUUCUGAAACUCCAACCACAACUAGUGAGACUACAUCACCUACUCCAUCCAAGACCCCUUCUAUGUCUAGUCCUGAGGCUUCUGAGACAACUGCACCUUUCCUGUCUUCAAGCACAAACACACCCACUGAGCACGUGGAGCAGACUACAUCCCAAGGGACCUCAUCUGAGUACACAGUGAUUUCUAGUUCUUCCACCACUGAGCAACCAUCCACAAAACAGCUGUCUUCUCAGUCAACAUUGUCUGUCUCCUCCAGUGAGUUGACCUCUGAAACUACAAGCACGACUAGUGAGAGUACAACACGUACUCCUUCUAUGACUCCCUUUACUUCUCGUUCUGAGCCUUCUGAGACAACUGCAGCCAUCCUAUCUGCUAGCACCAACACCACCCGUACACCAGAACAGAGCUCACCACUGCUUACAGCUUCCACAGCCUAUCAUGGAUCUGCUAGCACUGAAAUUGCCACUAGUGGAACAUCUCAUUCAUCGACAUCCCUUGAAACAAGUGGAGAGACUUUCACCACUACUGUAGCUCAAAGCACUUCCAAUACAACAUUAUCAUCUGCAUCCAUCGCUGAGUCCAUAACCACACACUCUACUACUAGCAUAUCAGAAAUGACCCCAACACUGUUGCCCACUACAUCAACGCCUUUUGCUUAUACUACUAUGAAACUAUCCACCGCUGAGGCAUCUUCACCUUCCACCACUACUCAUGGACGCACAUCGACUAAUUCACAGCUUACAACUUCAUCUGAGGUGUCUUCUCAGAUAACAUUCUCUGCCUCCUCCAUGGAGGUGACUUCUGAAACUCCAACCACGACUAGCGAGACUACAACACCUACUCCUUCUAUGACUCCCUUUACUUCUCGUUCUGAGCCUUCUGAGACAACUGCAGCCAUCCUAUCUGCUAGCACCAACACCACCCGUACACCAGAACAGAGCUCACCACUGCUUAGAACUUCCACAGCCUAUCAUGGAUCUCCUAGCACUGAAAUUGCCACUAGUGGAACAUCUCAUUCAUCGACAUCCCUUGAAACAAGUGGAGAGACUUUCACCACUACUGUAGCUCAAAGCACUUCCAAUACAACAUUAUCAUCUGCAUCCAUCGCUGAGUCCAUAACCACACACUCUACUACUAGCAUAUCAGAAAUGACCCCAACACUGUUGCCCACUACGUCAACGCCUUUUGCUUAUACUACUAUGAAACUAUCCACCGCUGAGGCAUCUUCACCUUCCACCACUACUCAUGGACGCACAUCGACUAAUUCACAGCUUACAACUUCAUCUGCUUCUUCCACCACAGUUGUCCCUCUCGGGUGCCUUAAUGGAGGAGUGCUUGAUGAAGGUCAUUGUCACUGUCCGUCUCCCUAUACUGGGCAGCGAUGUGAAGAGGCAAAGAAUGAAAUCCAAGUGGUGACUGUUGUGGCCACAAUCAAUGUCUCUGUAGCAGUGAAGAAUCGGAAGUUCAGCCCAGAGAUGGCGAAUUCCAGCUCUUCUGUCUUCAAGACAUUCGUGAAGAUCUUUGAGGAACAGAUGGACAUCCUCUAUGCGGACAUUCCUGGGUACACGGGUGUAAAGGUGAUUCGGCUGAGCAAUGGUAGUGUUAUCGUGGACCACGAGGUGCUCCUGCAGCUUCACUUCUCAGACUUCAAUGCUUCUUACAAUGCUUCCAUGAAGAACCUCACACAGACCUUGCAAAAGAAUUGCACUUCCAAUGACAAAGAUAAGCUCUGCUUUACUGAAGGAGCAUCUCAUGUGACUGCAGUGCCCCUGAGUCCUAAAGAUCUGUCGGACGAAUGCAAGAAUGCCUCAGUGGUGGCACAAAACCUCCAGCCAUAUUAUGUGGCACGGGUCAUCAACAACACACUUCAUUGUGUCUCUAAUUGCAGUGCUUGGAACCCCCACCCAUUCCACUGUGGGAAUGGAAAGUGCCACAUCACCUCUGAGGGGCCCAAAUGCCAGGAGAUGCCAAGCACAACAAGUGAAACAUCCAUUUCUACAAUUUUGAAAACAACACCUUCUGCUUAUACUACGACGAAAAUAUCCACCACUUCUGAAACUCCAACCACAACUAGUGAGACUACAGCACCUACUCCAUCCAGAACCACUUCUAUAUCCAGUCCUGAGCCUUCUGAGACAACUGCACCCAGCCUAUCCACAAGCACAAACACACCCACUGAGCAUGUGAAGCAGACUACCUCAGAAGGGACCUCAUCUGAGUACACAGUGAUGUCUAGUUCUUCCACCACUGAACAACCAUCCACAACAGAGGUGUCUUCUCAGAUAACAUUGUCAGUCCCCUCUGGUGAGUUGACUUCAGAAACUACAACCACAACGAGUGAGACUACAGCACCUAUUGCAUCUAAGACCCCUUCUACAUCCAGUCCUGAGGCUUCUGAGACAACUGCACCUACUAUGUCUUCAAGCACAAACACACCCACUGAGCACGUGGAGCAGACUACACCACAAGAAACCUCAUCUGAGUACACAGUGAUGCCUAGUUCUUCCACCACUGAGGAACCACCCACAACACAGCUGUUUUCUCAGUCAACAUUCGCUACCUCCUCCAGUGAAGUGACUUCUGAAACUCCAACCACAACUAGUGAGACCACAACACCUACUCCCUCCAAGACCCCUUCUACAUCCAGUCCUGAGCCUUCUGAGACAACUGCAUCCAGCCUAUCUUCAAGCACAAAUACACAAACUGAGCAUGUGAAACAGACUACACCGCAAAGCACCUCAUCUGAGUACACAGUGAUGUCUAGUUCUUCCACCACUGAACAACCAUAUACAACAGAGGUGUCUUCUCAGAUAACAUUCUCUGCCUCCUCCAGUGAGGUGACUUCUGAAACUCCAAGCACAACUAAUGAGACGACAUCACCUACUCCAUCCAAGACCCCUUCUAUAUCUAGUCCUGAGCCUUCAGAGACAACUGCACCCAGCCUAUCUUCAAGCACACUCACUGAGCACAUGAAGCAGACUACACCACAAGGGACCUCACCUGAGUACACAGUGAUGUCUAGUUCUUCCACCACUGAACAACCAUCCACAAGAGAGGUGUCUUCUCAGAUAACAUUGUCAGUGAUGUCUAUCUCUGCCUCCUCCAUGGAGGUGACUUCUGAAACUACAACCACAACCAGUGAGACUACAGCACCUAUUCCAUCUAAGACCCCUUCUACAUCCAGUCCUGAGCAUUCGGAGACAACUGCAACCACCCUAUCUUCAAGCACAAAUACACAAACUGAGCAUGUGAAACAGACUACACCGCAAGGCACCUCAUCUGAGUACACAGUGAUGUCUAGUUUUUCCACCACUGAACAACCAUCCACACUAGAGAUGUCUUCUCAGAUAACAUUCUCUGCCUCCUCCAUGGAGGUGACUUCUGAAACUCCAACCACAACUAGUGAGACUACAGCACCUAUUCCUUCCAUGACUCCUUUUACUUCCAGUCCUGAGGCUUCUGAGACAACUGCACCUUUCCUGUCUUCAAGCACAAACACACCCACUGAGCACGUGGAGCAGACUACACCCCAAGGAACCUCAUCUGAGUACACAGUGAUGUCUAGUUCUUCCACCACUGAGCAACCAUCCACAAAACAGCUGUCUUCUCAGUCAACGUUGUCUGUCUCCUCCAGUGAGUUGACCUCUGAAACUACAAGCACGACUAGCGAGACUACAACACGUACUCCUUCCAUGACUCCCUUUACUUCUCGUUCUGAGCCUUCUGAGACAACUGCAGCCAUCCUAUCUGCUAGCACCAACACCACCCGUACACCAGAACAGAGCUCACCACUGCUUACAACUUCCACAGCCUAUCAUGGAUCUCCUAGCACUGAAAUUGCCACUAGUGGAACAUCUCAUUCAUCGACAUCCCUUGAAACAAGUGGAGAGACUUUCACCACUAUUGUAGCUCAAAGCACUUCCAAUACAACAUUAUCAUCUGCAUCCAUCGCUGAGUCCAUAACCACACACUCUACUACUAGCAUAUCAGAAAUGACCCCAACACUGUUGCCCACUACAUCAACACCUUUUGCUUAUACUACUAUGAAACUAUCCACCGCUGAGGCAUCUUCACCUUCCACCACUACUCAUGGACGCACAUCGACUAAUUCACAGCUUACAACUUCAUCUGCUUCUUCCACCACAGUUGUCCCUCUCGGGUGCCUUAAUGGAGGAGUGCUUGAUGAAGGUCAUUGUCACUGUCCGUCUCCCUAUACUGGGCAGCGAUGUGAACAGGCAAAGAAUGAAAUCCAAGUGGUGACUGUUGUGGCCACAAUCAAUGUCUCUGUAACAGUGAAGAAUCGGAAGUUCAGCCCAGAGAUGGCAAAUUCCAGCUCUUCUGUCUUCAAGACAUUCGUGAAGAUCUUUGAGGAACAGAUGGACAUCCUCUAUGCGGACAUUCCUGGGUACACGGGUGUAAAGGUGAUUCGGCUGAGCAAUGGUAGUGUUAUCGUGGACCACGAGGUGCUCCUGCAGCUUCACUUCUCAGACUUCAAUGCUUCUUACAAUGCUUCCAUGAAGAACCUCACACAGACCUUGCAAAAGAAUUGCACUUCCAAUGACAAAGAUAAGCUGUGCUUUACUGAAGGAGCAUCUCGUGUGACUGCAGUGCCCCUGAGUCCUAAAGAUCUGUCGGACGAAUGCAAGAAUGCCUCAGUGGUGGCACAAAACCUCCAGCCAUAUUAUGUGGCACGGGUCAUCAACAACACACUUCAUUGUGUCUCUAAUUGCAGUGCUUGGAACCCCCACCCAUUCCACUGUGUGAAUGGAAAGUGCCACAUCACCUCUGAGGGGCCCAAAUGCCAGGAGAUGCCAAGCACAACAAGUGAAACAUCCAUUUCUACAAAUUUGAAAACAACACCAUCUACUUAUGCAACUUCAACACCUUCUGCUAAUGCAACUACAACACCCUCUGCUUAUACUAGUAGAAAAAUAACCACCACAAAGACAUCUUCCCCUUCCACCACUACUCGUGGACACACAUUGACUCAUUCACAGAUUACAAGCUCCUCUGCUCCUUCCACCACAGCUGUCCCUCUUAAGUGCCUUAAUGGAGGAGUGCUUGUCGGGGGUCGUUGUCACUGCCCAUCUCCCUAUACUGGGCGACGUUGCGAAGAGGCAGAGAAUGAAGUCCAAGUGGUGACUGUUGUGGCCACAAUCAAUGUCUCUGUAACAGUGAAGAAUCGGCAGUUCAGCCCAGAAAUGGCGAUUUACAACUCGUCUGCCUUCAAUUCAUUCGUGAAGAUCUUUGUGGAACAGAUGGACAUCCUCUAUGCGGACAUUCCUGGGUACACGGGUGUAAAGGUGAUUCGGCUGAGCAAUGGUAGUGUUAUCGUGGACCACGAGGUGCUCCUGCAGCUUCACUUCUCAGACUUCAAUGCUUCCUACGAUGAAUCUGUGAAGGACCUCAAACAGACCCUGGAAAAAAAUUGCACUUCCAAUGACAACGAUUCGCUUUGGUUUACUGGAGAGCGCUAUGUGACUGCAGUGCCCCUGAGCCCCGAAGAUCUGUCAACGGAAUGCAAGAACACCUCUGUGGUGGCACAAAACAUCCAGCAAUUUUAUGUGGCACGAAACAUCAGUGGCAGCCUCCAGUGCGUCUCUAACUGCAGCGUUUGGCACCCCGACCCCUUCAGCUGUGUGAACGGAAACUGCUAUGUCACCCCUGAGGGGCCCAGUUGCUACUGUGAGCAGUCGGACUCCUACUGGUUCGUGGGCCGGCGCUGUGAGCAGGGCAUCAGCAAGGUGGGGGUGGCCCUGGGGGUGGCCCUGGGCCUGGCGGUGCUGCUGCUGAUCAUCCUGGUCUUGGUCGUGCUUCUCUGCUGGAGGCGCUGUUGCCCGAGGGAGAAAGGACACAGGCUGACGCACUUGCCUCCCGAUGAAGAGAGGUGGUACGAAAAUGAGCCCGAGUGGGUGGCCCGCCCUGAAGGCCUCGAUCCGAGUGCCCCAGCAAUGGAAAGCAGCAGCGCUGCAGCAGGUGAAGACCCUUACAGCAGCAUGAGCAGCGAGCAAGACAGCUCCACCGCAGACCAGGGCUCCUUCCAGCCCCGCCUGGACAAAGUGGACACCUCCCUGCCGAGACGGAUCGCUCGGCCCCAGUUGAAGCGGCCAUGAAGAAGCCUGGAAACGGGGCCACAGGAAGGACGCUGGGUCUGGCCGCACACUGGAUUUGCACAGGAUGUGUCCCCAGGGGCCCAGAUCCAGGAAGAGGCAGUGGAGCUGCAGUGACUUGCGGGGGGGCUACAGUGCUGCCUUCUUCUUGCUUACUCUUGCACUUUAGGACUGGGGUGCUGCCGCCCCCUUGAACACCAGCGCCUCCCCUUGGUGACAUUGAUAGGAGGACGUGGAGGAGGAACAGGGCCC